AUGAGUUUUCGUUAAACAAGAUGGAGAUUUUUGGCAGUGACUUUAGCUGCUUUAAUUCUUUUAGGAAAUAAUUAUUCAUUUGAUAAUCCUCAAGCCUUGCAAACAUAAAUUUAAUAAUAAUUAGGAAUUAGCAUUAUUCAGUUUAAUUUACUAUAUAGUGUUUUUGCUUUACCUAAUAUCUUUCUCACUAUUUUGGGAGGUAUGAUAAAUCAUCUAUAUUGUAGGAAUGAUAAUUGAUAGAUUAGGUGUAAGAUUUGGAAUCUUUACAUUUACUCUUAUAGUUACUAUUGGUUAAUUAAUAAUAGCGUUGGGUGGCUAAUUCAAUCAAUAUUCCUUAAUGUUAUUAGGAAGAGCAAUAUUUGGUGUGGCUAGUGAAAAUUUAAUUAUUGCAUAAAGUACAUUUGUCAGUUUAUGGUUUAAGGGUUCAGAAUUAGCAACUGUAAUAUAUUCUAAGUUAAUAUAGGCUAUGGGAAUAAUAAUGACUGUUCCAGAAUUAGGAGGUGCUCUUAAUAGUUUAUUGACUCCAUUAAUCUAUUAAUCUAGUCAAAAAUUAUCAGUACCACUUUUUGCCAGUGUAGGAUUUUGUUUAUUCUCAUUUAUUUGUGGAAUGAUUUUGGUAUACCUAGAUAAAUAUGCUGAAAAAUAUGAUUAAAGAUGUGAGUAAUAAAUUUGAUAUACUCCUUUAUAGAAUCUGAUUCUGAAUAUGUAUUGGAAUAAAAUAUUAUGGAAAAAGAAGAAGGAGAUGAAGAUGAAGAAGAGGAGAAAUUAGAAGAAUCAAAAGAAGAAAUUAGUUUAAAGGAUCUUAAAUAAUUAUCAGGAACAGUUUGGAUCCUAUUAAUGAUCUGCACUUUUAGUCUUUGUAUAUUUAUACCUUUUUUGGAUAAUGCUAAUUAAUUUUGUUAAUAGAGAUUUAAUCUAUCUUAUAUAUCAGCUGGGAGAGCAAUCAUCAUUACCUACUUGACACCAAGUAAAUUCAUUUCAUUAUUUUAGUAUUUAUAUCUCCAUUUAUUGGAUAUAUAGUUGAUAAGGUAGGUUAUAGAAGAAGAUGGAUGAUAUUGACAUCUUUACUCUUUAUUAUUUCCCAUUUAUUAUUUGCAAUAAUACCAACUCCUGAAGAUGGAUCACCAUAAUUUGCAGCUGUAGUUCCUUUGUUCUUAUUAGGAGUUAGUUAUGCAUUCUAUUCUUGUGUUAUGAUUCCUUGUGUUUAAUAUCUUGUUGAUUAAAGAAUCAUGGGUACUGCAUUUGGUUUGAUGGGUCUAUUUGAAAGUAUAGGAGCUUGCAUUUUCCCUUUAGUAUCUUCUUAAAUAUAUAACACUAAUGGUGAUUAUAGGUAAGUUGGAUUCUUUUAUAUGGGAAUUGGUUGUGUUAAUUUAAUCUUUGUAUUAACAUUAUAUUUUGUUGAUAAGAAAGGGAGUGAAGUACUGGAUAAAAUUAAUCCUUUAGAAGGGAAUAGUGAUAAGGAUUCAUCAUCAACUUCUGAUGAUUCUGUUGCUUCAGAUUUAACAGAUGAAGAUGAAAGAGAGUAUAUAGAGAUGAAAUCCAAUAUCAAUUCGUUAAAGUUACAACCAUUAGAAACUAACAGUGACACAAAAAGCGAACCAGGUGAUAUUAAGAUGUAGAGAUCUCUUAGCUUCGAAUAUUCAAUGCAAAUUACAAAAUUAGAUAAUUGA